AUGUCUGAUGAGCAGAUGCAACAGCCGAACCAGCCAGGCGGACCAUCGCAUCUUAUCGCGGCUCUAAGUUCGCGGGGUGGAGGAGGACCACAACAACAACAGCAAGUGCAACCCGGCGGUGGGCCCAUCCGAGUUCAGCUCCAACAGCAAGGCCGUGCCCCGAUACCGUACCCGCAAGGGGCAGGAGGACAGCCGGCACCCCCGCAGAUGCGAACGGUGCAGCAGGUGUAUCAGCCGUCGUCGAACGGUGUGCCGCAGCAGCGCAUUGUCCAUCAAAUUGCUCAACGUCCAGUGAUGGGACAGCCGGCUCAGAUGAUGCGAGUGAGUAGUGCGCCUCAGCCAACCAUGCAGAUUGUGCAUACAGGACCACCACCACCACAGCAAAUUCAUGUCUCUUCAUCCCCUAUCAUGGGCCUGCGGCUGCCACCUCCACAACCGCAACAGACUCGUGCCCAGCUUGCGCUACUUCCUGGUGGCCAACCUCCACCUCCUGGAACUAAUGUACAGCCGAUGCUAGCUCCACCCAGUUCUAAUGGCUCGAUCAUGGAUAGGACGCGCAUUGAUGAACUGGCCAGACAAACUAGUGCUAAUACAGUGUUAGACAAUGUUGUAAAGGAUAUGCUCUGUGACUACACCGACGAAUUUGUGAACGAGCUCGUAAGUCAUGUCUGCAAGCUGGUCAAACAUCGCGGUAAUCAUCGAAUCGAGGCUAGAGACGUGGAAUUCGUACUCGAUAUGGUGUACAAGAUGCCGUCAGCUCCGCGUGCUUCUGUCCAUGUAUUCGGCGCUCCGGCGCCAAUACGCCCAGACCGUAUCACUCCUCAGCCCACUGAGGCGCAUAAACAACGCAUGUUGCUGAUUAAGAAAGUGGCAACAGAAGCGGAUCUUAUAGAAGCUCUUGAAACAUCUGGUUUGAUUGCUUAUGUGGCAAUCAUACCGGCUCACAAUAUGGCUCUGGUUGAAUUCGAGGACAUCGAGGUGCGAAAGUCUCUGAUGCAAGCACUAGUGGAGUUCGAAAGUGCUGAAAUCGCCAAAAAAGCGAAACAUGCCAUCAAUGGUGCCGAUAUCUAUUCUGGAUGCUGUACGCUAAAGGUCGAGCUCGCUAAGCCAGACUAUGUCAAGGUGACACGGCAAGACAAUGAUCAGUUUGAUUUUACUUUGCCCAACGCCGCAUUGGAAUUCUCGUAUGGAGACGGAAAAAAGCGAGCGCCCCUCUAUCAGCUAGAUGUCUUUCCAAGCUUAUUAGGAGCUGCCUCAUGGGCCGGUAUUGGGCAUCGUCUGCGGCCAGAUGGUGAUGAUACUUUCAGUGAUCACGUGGGACAGCAGUUUCGUAGCGAGUGA